AAUCCUUUUGACGUCUCCCUUGCAACAAAACCGUGUGGCCCCUCUCGAUCAGCAGUCUUCCAGGAACCUGCAAUCGCCAUGCCUCGUCACCCCCCGGCGCUCUCCUUUUUUACCUUAUUCGUCCUCUGUUUUUUCUCGUGGGCGAUCGGCGUGAUCGCGUGUUCGGCAUGCAAAAGAUAGCUGCAAAUGUUAUAUCAGCAUUUCCAUUCUGUUAUCUUUCUGAUGUUUGCAGGCCGUGCUCCGUAACCGGGCUUGCUUGCGCGCGUUAAUCUCUUUGUAUUUUAGUAAUGAAUGAGGCGUGUGAUUGUUGAUGCCCGUAAGCAACUUGUGACUUCUUCAGUUGUCAUCCCUUCUUCUCUUCUCGCAUCUUCCUGUCUAUAUAUAUCGUCGUCGUUGUUGUCACUUCAUUCCUCCAUAUAAACCACACUCGACUCCUUGGAAUUGCCCACAUCCUUUCAUAGCUUUGCGUUGCAUUGAGUUUGAGCUCUCUGGUACGGAAAUGGAGCUUAAGAAACUCUUCUUAGUUGCCCUGGCGCUCGUGUCGAUCCUCGGGAUCGCCGAGAGCUUCGACUUCCACGAGAGGGAGCUGGCGUCGGAUGACAGCCUGUGGGACCUGUACGAGCGGUGGCGGAGCCACCACACGGUGUCCCGGAGCCUCCACGACAAGAACGAGCGGUUCAACGUGUUCAAGCACAACGUCAUGCACGUCCACCGGGUGAACAAGCAGGACAAGCCCUACAAGCUGAAGCUCAACAAGUUCGCCGACAUGACCAACCAUGAGUUCAGGAGCUUGUACGCGGGGUCGAAGAUCAACCACCACAGGAUGUUCCGGGGCGCGCAACGUGGCUCCGAGAGCUUCAUGUACAAGGACUUCGCUCCAGUGCCCCCAUCCGUCGACUGGAGGAAGAAGGGCGCAGUCGCCGACGUCAAGAACCAAGGCCACUGCGGUAGUUGCUGGGCGUUUUCGACCGUGGCAGCGGUCGAGGGAAUCAAUUACUUGAGGACGAACAAGCUCCUCUCUCUUUCCGAGCAAGAGCUGGUGGACUGCGACAACACACAAAACCAAGGGUGCAACGGCGGGCUCAUGGAUAUUGCAUUCGAAUUCAUCAAGCAGAAGGGAGGCAUCACGUCCGAGUCGAAUUACCCUUACCAAGCAAGCAAUGGGACCUGUGACGCUGCCAAGGAGAAUUCCCCGGUGGUGUCGAUCGAUGGACAUGAAAAUGUUCCCGCCAACGACGAGGAUGCGUUGCAGAAGGCGGUCGCUAAUCAGCCUGUGUCUGUGGCCAUAGAAGCAAGCGGUGCAGAUUUUCAAUUCUACUCCGAGGGUGUAUUCACUGGAAGCUGUGGCACACACCUAGAUCACGGAGUCGCGAUUGUUGGCUACGGGAGCACUCUCCAGGGGACCAAGUACUGGAUCGUGAGGAACUCCUGGGGUCCAGAAUGGGGCGAGAAGGGCUACCUAAGGAUGGAGCGUGGGAUCGAAGCUAAGGAAGGGCUGUGCGGCAUAGCCAUGGAGGCCUCAUACCCCAUCAAGAACUCCUCAGAUAAUCCCGCCGGAGUUUCGUCUCCCGUCAAGGAUGAACUCUAGGCAAUGACUCAAGAUUGACUAGUGAUCACAGUUUCUUAGGCUUUCGUUUAUGUCCUCUGCUUGAAAGUGUGCAUGUCCUGUGUCCACAUAGACACAAAUAAUGUCUGCUCCCUAUGAUUACACAGUGCAUGUUUAUAGGGUCUCAUAGGCAGCAAGAUAAAUUGGCCUUUCCCUAGAAUUGUUACGGUACAAAUAAUUCAAGAUCUACAAUGAUUCAAUUCC